AGGAUUUUCUUCCAGAGUUGAUAGACAUUUUGGCAACAUUGACUGGAGGAAGUCUUGCUCCAUAAUGGCUUGUGUCCAAUCUGGACACAAGUGGGGGCAUUAUGGUAUUUUCACCGUAAAAAGAGAGAGGCCUACUUGGAAAUAACGGACUCCGUUAUUCAUUGCUGGCAAAAAUUUCAGAUUUCAAAAAUUUUGAAUUUGAGGUAUUUAAUACUCACAUUGUCUCUCUCCUCCUUGUUAUUCUCUCUCCUCCUUCAAAGCAGUCCUUCUUCCUCGUGCUCCUCCUGCAGUCAAGACGAGCAAGAAAUUCAGAUUUCGGGAAUUUUGGGCAAAAAAUUCACACCUCCAUUUUCAAGACGAGCUAGGAUUGUUCGUUAAUUUGGUGAAUUCGUGAAAAGCAAUUGCGCUGGAGGAAGAAUUAUUUGUCAUCAAGAGGAAAAUGGGUAAACGUAAUGCUCCACUUCCAAAGGAGAAAAAAACAGAGGAAGACGUUGUUAAGGGAAAAGGCGUGUCUACAAGGGCAGGAGCACGAACAAGAACAACUGCAUGUGGACUAAAGGCAGUGGAAGGUUCUUCCAGUGGAAAGAAGAGAAAAGUCUAUGAUGCGGAGACUAGUGGAGAGGAGGAGCCACGUACAGAGAGCAACGAUGACGAGGACGUCUUGAGUGUAGGUGCUCAGGUGAAGAAAUCGGAGACUGUUGUGUCCACCAGGCUGAGGAAAGGCAUACAUGAGAAUGAUAGGAUUGAGGUGUUUUCAAAGUUGGUGUCACUGUUGGAUGACAGUCGAAGGGAUUUAGUUAGAAAAAUGGGGUUUGGAGCCCUCCUCACCGUGAAACUGCGCAACAUGUCCCCAGAAUUUGCCUACUGGUUAGUGACCAGGGUAGAUGGUGCUAAUGGGGUGUUUUAUGGUGGGGGCGAUAUGGAAUUCAGCCUGGAUCCCAUCCAAUUUAACUGUGUUUUGGGGCUGCCUAUGGGUACUCAGCCUGUACCAUCUCUUAAUGGAAACCUAGACACACGCCAUAGGAAUAUAGCAGACCAUAUUGUUCAGAUGUAUGGGGAUAGUGGUGGGGUUUCUGUUCAGAAAGCUUGGGAAUUUGCAGUUGGGAUGAGGGAUGGACAGGGUAAGGCGGUGGCUACUAUUGUCCCAAUUGUAACAAGAGAGGAGGAAUUUGAAUUUAGAAUAGCCUUUAUGAUUGUUAUACUGGAGCUGGUGUUGUGCCCAAGCACAGACGGGUUUACCUUGGCGGGAAGGUUGUUACCUGCCGCAUCGGUAGCACCGGAGUCAAAUUCAUAUGAUUUGUGCACGUUCUGUUUAGAGUGGCUAAAGAUAUGGUGCAAAAUGUUUGCACAUCAGUUUGAUCAGCAUGGAGUUGUUUCUGGAUUGGGGGGCUGCAGCCUAUUUUUGACGGUGUUCUACCUGGACCACCUGAAUGUUGUUCCUAGGCAAUGGUGUGUUAUGCCGAGGGUGGCUGUGUGGUCCCAAUCUGAUGUGGAUGCCCUGAUAGAGGCAGACAAGAAAGCUGGAGGUGACUAUGGAAGAACUCAGUCUGUUGAUGUUGCUUACGGCGAGAGACACCAUCCUCGAUUGCCAAGAGAUAUGCGGGGUUCCUACAUUGCAAAAGAGGUUCUGAAUGUUUUAACAAGCCGAUUUGAGAGAAUCGAGGAGCAAAUGCACAACCAAGGAGAGGUUUUAAGAAGUAUGAAACUUGAUUUGUCAAGAAUAGUAGGGGUGAGGGAACAAGAUAGUGGGUUGAAGGACACUCAAAGUGGAGGUACAAGUGGUGGUAGUGUGGGUGGUGUGGCUGUUUGCCCUGCUCUCGGAGGUACGCAGACAAUGAGGCCGACCACAAUUCCUACGGCCACUGCACAGCAGUUUGGAGUUCCGUCGCCGGUGGGUUUUGCACCGGCCUUUGGUUCAGCUCGGGGUAUUGGCACCCGAGGCUUUGGGUUCCCUCCUCCUUCCACUUCAGUCUCUCCAGUUUUGACUGAAGUACAAUCUCAUGCUCAGAAGCCGGUAAUCACCACUGAAAUUUUAAAGGGAGUUUCACCUCUUAGGAGCUCCCGGAAGAGUCGUACUGAUAUGGAGAAGGAAUUGGUUGCUUUCAUCAAGGAGUGCCAGGGAAAUAGCAAGGAUGAAGGACCAGAGUUGAUUGAGUUCGAUGGUUUAUGUCUAAGCAAAUAUCAGAUGUAUCGAAUGGUAGCAAUGGAUGAGUAUGCGGGGAUAGAAUACGUCAAAGUGGCUAGUAAGAUGUAUACUAGCAGGUGGAAGGCAGAAUUGGGUGCCGGUAGAGGACGAAGUGUAAUGCUUGAACCUGGUUUCGGGGUUAAGGUACAAACAAACGAACCCCCUCAGUCUCUUGUAGCCCCAUUCGGUGCCCCCUUUGAAAACCUCGUCAUUCGGGAAAUGUUUGUGGUUGUAGUACCCGUGUUGCACAUGUACUUCACACUUCCACCGCACACACGUUGGUAUUGUGUUGCAUUAUCCAUGAAGGAUAAGCGGAUUUGGGUCCUUGAUCCUACAUCAGACGAGCCUUUGUCUGAGCACGGUCGUCUGAUUAGCCACAUGUUCAAGUACUUGGACACCCUGUUUUACUCUAAAGACGAGUCAUGGGUAAAGGAUGGACUGAGUGGAUGGGGGGUUGACCUUGUUUCUGUCCCACCAAGCGAUGAUGUGUCAAGUUGUGUUGUAAUGCUAGCAUGGAUAAAGGACAUAGUCCAACGCAACAAAAUUUCUCCCACAUUCCAACCGGGUGCAAUAGAGGAUGCAAGGGUAUCACUUGCUGUUGAUGACAUCUUGUGCGAGUUGAAUGUGAGGAGACCUGAGGUGUACGACCUUAUUUCUGGGAGGCAAGUCCGUGUGUAGACCGUGUUUACGUGCUUGAACUUAAGUUUUUGGAUGUAAUUUGGAUGUAUUUUGGAUGUAUUUCGGCAACUAUGUUGCAUUUGAAUUCUGGUACUUAGUUUGGAAGUUAGUUUGGAAGUUUGUGUGGAAGUUAGUUUAUGACCAAACAUUUGAUGUUGUAUGUUUAUAUUUCUACUGUGAACUAAGGGGUCUUUUGUUUUAAAGGAAUCCAGGUAGAAAUAAGAUAUUUAUGCGCCAA